UGCCUUGUAGACACAAUUUCAGCUCCAAAUUUUCUGAGGUGGAGCAGUCCCCGCUUGGCGGCUUGUCUAGAGAACUCACCCGCCGCCACGCGCGAACGCAACCAGCGACGCCUCGCGGCCGCGGACAGCGCGGAGCCAGACGCCUCGCAUUCGCUGAGAAGCCGAAGCCCGUAGAGCACAGGAGUUGUGGACUUCUAGAGCACGGCGGGUCUGGUAUGAGAGGCUUCCGCUUUGCGUUGGUCCGUGCGGCGCGGUCGCGGUCGCGGGCGGAGCACCAGACCGUGCAGCGCCGCCGGCCGUCCGAUGUGGCCCAACGUUUUUCCCACACCGCGCCGGCGCCGGCGAGGCCAUCUUUCGGCAUCGCGUUCGACAUCGAUGGGGUCAUCCUGCGCGGCCGAAGUCCGAUCGGGGGCGCGCCGCGGGCCAUCCGACGCCUAUAUUCCGAAGAAGGUACCCUGAAGAUCCCGUUUCUGUUUUUAACGAAUGGAGGAGGUGUUCCAGAGCACAGAAGGGCCCUUGAGCUAAGCCAACUUUUAGGAGUCAAUAUUUCUCCAACACAGGUUGUGCAUGGACAUUCUCCUUACAGAGAGCUGGUGAAGCGUUUUGAAGAUGACCUUAUUGUUGCUGUUGGAAAAGGAGAGCCUGCAGUAGUGAUGUCCGCGUACGGAUUUAGAAAAGUUCUGUCCAUAGAUGAAUAUGCAUCAUAUUAUAAAGAUAUUGACCCCCUUGCUCCUUUCAAGACUUGGAAAGUUGGGCAAACAGACAGUCACAUGUCUGCAAAAGUGCACCCAUCAUAUGAUGUUUAUUCAGAGCGAGUUAAAGGAGUAUUUGUUGUCAGCGAUCCUGUCGAUUGGGGAAGAGAUCUACAGGUACUCUGUGACAUCUUGUCUACUCAUGGACUUCCUGGGACUGAAAAAGGUGAUCAACCUCCUUUGUAUUUUGCAGCUGAUGAUCUUGAAUACCAGGCAGCAUUUCCUUCUGAGCGGCUUGGGAUGGGCGCCUUCAGGAUAGCUUUGGAAAGCAUCUUCAAUGAAAUAAAUGAUCAUCCACUGAAGUAUACAUCUUAUGGGAAACCUAAUCCAUUUGUGUUCAAGAAUGCAGCAAACAUACUUGAAAAACUUGUUAUGAGUAUGUAUCCUAAUUCACAGACACCAAUGGAAGGAAAAGAUUAUCAGUUUUCAACUAUUUACAUGGUUGGAGAUAAUCCUAAAGUGGAUAUCAAUGGAGCUAUGAAGGCUGGCCACCCAUGGUCAUCUGUUCUUACAAGGACGGGUGUUUUUAGGGGAAAGGAUAACGACCCACAGUUUCCUGCAGAUGUGGUUGUUGAUACUGUUGAAGAUGCCAUCAACUAUAUUCUGGAGAAGGAACGUAUACAGUGAUGAUACCAUUGAAUAUGCUGGAGUGUCAUGAGAUAUAAAUUGGCACUGUCAUUUCAGAAACUCUGACAGUAAAAGGGGAAGUCCACUUAUGCACUGACAGAACUCAAGCAUUCAAAUAAGUUGUAACAAUCGAAGCAGAGUUAGAAAUUCUUCUGGAUAGCUAGAGAGACUCGCUUAUUCAAUGUGCACAAUAUCUUGAUUGUAUGAACAUUCACUUGCUCUGGAAUCACAUCCACGUAACCAUCUGUUUGGUGUGUGCUAAUUGCCUUCA